AUGCGAACAUCCGUGAACCUUGACGCGCUUAUAUUACUGGCAAUUCAUUUGUUGUCCUGCUCCCUCGGCACGGUAGCGGCUAGCGGCGGAGCUCUCGAUUCUACCCCAACCUUCCAAACCGGUGCCUCGAGCACUUCACAUUCCAAAAUAGCAGCCUUCUCCGCCACCCUUACCAAUGGAUUGGCCCAAGCGGUGGCUCACGAAUCUAAUGCUGAUACUUGUAACGAUGACCUAGCUUGCAUCACUAUGGCUUCUCACGAUCGGUUAGGUUUAGAGGCUAUAAAAUCUCUCCACAGUCAAUUGGACGACGACGCUAAUGGAAAUGUCGAUUUAUCUGAAUCGGAUGACUUUUUGAGAGAAGAACUACAGUACGAAGCUGGUUAUGAACGGAGGCAGAGGGCUUUCCAUCACAAUGACGACAUGCAUAUUAGCGUACGAGAACUCUGGGAAGCCUGGUUGCGAUCAGAGGUUCAUAAUUGGACUAUAGAACAAACGUCAGAAUGGUUAACUUCCAACGUUGAGCUUCCUCAAUAUGUUCCUACUUUUAUACAACACCGUGUAACUGGUGCUACGCUUCCUCGAUUAGCUGUGAACAAUAUGCAGUAUCUUAGCAAUGUUCUGGGUAUCAAAGAUCCUAUCCACAAACAAAAAAUUGCUCUAAAGGCAAUGGAUGUUGUUCUUUUUGGACCCCCCAAAGAUGCUGGACACAAUGUCAAAGAUUUGGUAUUGGUUACAUUAUUAUUUGGAGCACUUAUUGGUUGCUGGUAUGCAUAUCAACAAAAGAAAAAUUCACAAAAGCAUCUUCAUAGAAUGAUGAAGGACAUGGAAAGUUUGCACAAAGCAGAACUCGCACUGGAAACGUUGCAGAAAGAACUGGAAAGAGCAAGAAUGGAACAAGAAAGUGUGGCAACUGAAAAGCAGAAUUUGGAAAAACGUUUGCAAGAUGAGAGCUUGGGAUUACAUACUUCGUAUUCAGAUCUUGAAGUGUCACAGUUGAAAGCGGAAAUCGAAAUGUUGAAAUUAGAAUUGCAACGUGCUGAGGGUGAACUUGAAGACAGAUGCUGGUCACCACCAGCUGGAUUGCAGCACUGGCUACAAUUGACUCAUGAAAUUGAAAACAAAGCGUACACGAAUAAAAAAAUAUCAGCUGAAAAACAACUUCAACAAGCACGAGAAGCGUGCGAAAAAUUGCGAAAGAAACGUUCCAGCCUGGUAGGUGCCUUUGUUUCGACUCAUGGAAAGUCUAUCGACGAAGUUGAUAAGAGCAUUGUUGAAGCAAGAACUGCCUUGAACGAAGUAACAAAUGAGUUGAAAGAAAGAGUGCAUCGUUGGAAGCAGAUUGAAUUACUCUGCGGUUUCAACAUAAUUAACAAUAAUGGUUUAACGUACUUAGAGACAGUUUUAUACAGAGGAACACCUAAUGGUAGAGGUCUCGGGCUCAGAGGACGACUCAGUAGCCAAGAUGAUUUAGAUGAUGAGGCAAGUUCAGUGUACGCACCAUCGUCAGUCAGUGCAGUCACUGCAGGUAUUUUGGAGAAUUCAGCGUGGAAGGAAUCAUCGGUGCCGCCCGGUGGUCGAUUUGGAAAUGAACUCUCCGAUUCUUCGAGCAGCGAAGCGGAGAAAGAAACACAUGGGAUCGUUCACUUUGUACUAGGUGAUGGACCAGAAGAGCCCGCUGGAGUCUCCGGGAAAACUGCGCCGUACAAAGAAAAGUUCAGCAUUGUACGUUCUUACAGCCAGGACACAAAUAUAUUGGUCAACGAGGACAAGACUUCUUCGUCGUUUCCGAAAACGUCGUAUUCAGAAAAUUCACUCGACAUCUCGGAUAGGUCCAGUUGUCGUCCUGCGACAGCGUUGACGACUGCAAUGACGACAAUGACAGCGGCGACGAUGACAACAACGACAACGACAACGACAACGGGCGCAAAGAAAUUGUUUAGAGAAUUACCUACAGUAAUGUCAGUCGACGAUGAGACGCUCUCGACCGAUUCCAAUUCUACCGCCGACAACGAUGAGCUUAAACGAAGGCGCAGGAAGCUCUUUCCAGCCUUUAGAAAGAACAAAACUAAAAUUACGUGAUGUCCGCUAGUCACAUAAUCUCAUUUGUUACUUACGUGCUAUCCGUUAUAAUUAGUUGUAAUCGCGACAUGCACUUAAGAAUUAUUUUACCAGUACGUAUUAAUUGUUAGCUACUAUUAUUCACAUGACAGACAUACACAAACACAUACAUUCUCUCUAUCUCUUUGUUCUUUUUUUUCUUUUCCUUUGCGCGCGUAUAAAUUCACGGAAAUGUAACGAUCGUUUAGGAUGUUUGUUACCCCGGUGUUCCUUCCACUUUGCCAAACUUGCGUAUGCGCAAAAUAAUAACGAAAUAUAAGUCAACGGAUACACCACGGAAAGACAUCCGACCUAGAUAAAUAGAUUUUUAGACGUGCAAUAUUGAAAAGUUUUAAUAUUAUGGCAAUAUAUAUUUUCGGUAUGUACUUUUUAGGAGACCAAACGUUCUCCAAGCCGCAAACUUUUAUGAAAUAAGAUUUUUUCACGAUGACGUUAGUAAUAAUAAUAAUAAUAAUUAUCGUUAGUGUAAUCUUUUUUAUCGCGAUAUAAUUCCGUAGUUUUAGUCAUCGUCUGGAUACUGGGCUGGGCACAACGUUAAUGUUGAAAGUAUACUCUUGUCUUGUCAUUCGCUUUUACGUAUACGUGUUAUGAAGAAUGAUUAACAAAGAUAUAUGGCAGCAAGCAAGGGUAUCCUCGAGUAAAACGUAAAAUGAUAUCAAGUUAUUAAAAUUAUCGUUACGUCUCAUACCGUCCAUAUAUACUGGCAAUACAAGUGAUUUACUUCGGCACUUUGGCAAAGCGAAAACGUUAUAAUACAAAUUUUAUACAUUUGUACUACAUAUGUACUCGUAAGUAGAUUGAGUGUAAAAUACCGUGCAAGAUUUUAUCAGAAACGCGCGCUUAAAACAAUUAAUGAUAGCGAAAUAAUUUUUUCCACAUCUUGUACAAACAUAUUCUAACAGACAACAAUGGGAUUUCCUUGUAUUUGAAUCCUUGUACGUACAUCUUCAACCUGUAGAAAUCUUUAUGCAAGAAUGUACAUUCGUUAGAUGAAUCUUAAAAUGAAUUAGCUAUACAGGUCGCUGCUGUAUAGUCGUACAGAAUUUUCGGUAAAUUUAGACUGUUUCAGAGUGAGCACGUUCAAAGCCCUGUUUCUUUCCAUACGUUUUUACUUCAAAUCUUGAUGCCGCUAGAACGUAAUUAUAUUAUAUUGUGUACAUAGACAUACGUGAUAUAUUUUAACAUCGUUAAUACUUGACCUUCACUUAAUGCACUCAGCUCAGAAUCAAAUAGCUUACAGGAUGGCUUACAUCAUAGCGAGGCUGGGACUCCGUAAUUUUAGUACGUUGUUAAAAGAUUGUCACUGUUAUUUUACGCUCGCGCGAACGCGUAAAUACAAUUAUGUAACUAUUUCCCAACAUGCUAGAUUCGUUUGCAGAUGAUGUUUUGGCACGUUAGUCUAUUUGAAUAGUAUUUUUAUUGAAUCUACGUAUUCCUUUGCGGUAUGCUCAAAUAUGUUAGUCGCACAAUUUCCAUCUUCAUGAUAAAAUUGUUUUGAGUGACUUUGGUGAAAAAUGUAUAAAUUUUCUGACCAAGCUGACCACGCAUCUCAAUUUCAGUAUAACGUAACAUUCAGAAUGUUUUACUUGUAAACACCUUUUUUUCUGAUGAUUAUAACACACUUUACAUUAACGCAUAACGACAAAUAAUUCAAUAAUUGUAAUGCUGUAUUAUUAGUAAUUUGCUGGAGCGUCAAACUUGCUCAUCUUUAUACAGAAUUUUAUGAACGGAAAAGUUAACAAUUUUAUCAUUAUUGCAAGCGAAAAAAUAUGAGAUUGAAAUGUGUCAACUUUGUCACAAGCAUGGUCGCUAGCUCUCCACAAAAUGUUCUUCCUUAGAGAUUUUUGAAGCAAUGAAUUUAUAUUUGCAAAGGACAGUUUCCAAGGCUAUAUGUAUCUCCAUGUUAUUUUUGAAAUGAAUGAUAGAUUUGACCUUACUACUUAUUAAGCAGUAUGAGUAAAGUUAUAUGAGGAUUUGAUCCGCGCUGCGGAUCAAAUUUUCGUUAAAGUUGAAUAUAUAAAAAUAGACAAUUUUGUUAGUAUAUUCGUAUUUAAAUUAUUAUAUUCUUGAUACAAUAUUAGGAUACCGGUUGCAAAUGCCACGCGUCUUCCUCGGAAUAUAAAAGUGACAAAAAUAAAUGAACCAAGAUUAAAAAAUUGCCAAACAAAUAAUAACAGAACGUAAUAAAAUAAAAAAGUAGAAUUACAUUUAAAAAAUUGUGUUUCUUUCGUAUGGACUUGACGAACGUUGUUUUAUAAUUUGUCUUAUAUUCAUUUUAUUUAUAUUAUUUUACAGACUUUAAUAAUCAGCCACGCGCCGGCUAAAAAAUAUUUAUUAUCAAUCGAUCACGUUCACAAAGGUUUUAUUUGAUUUUAUUUAACAUCACACAUGCUAUUAUCAACUAUAUUCCUAACAAAUCACUCGAGAAAAUUCACACGUAUCGAUUACGUUCGAUAUUAUUAAUUAACGUCGUUUAUACGAACUUAGAUUUUGAAACGUAAAUAAAGUGACCUAUGCGCAGAGUUUACAUUUAAUAGCGAUAAACGCAACGCCGUCCAUACAGUAUAAAUAUGUAAUCUGCCGAUAUACAAUAAAUAAGCAUCUCAUCAAGAUUCAAA